AUGUCAAAACUGCUAAUUGUGCCUUUUUUAUGCUCUUCUGUUGAGUGCAGUGUAAUCAGACAAUUGAAAUUGUUCACUGGGUUGCACAAGUUCUCACUCAAUGGACAUGGGUCGGAUCUGGCCCUUGUCCAACUCAACUCCAGAGUCUCCAGUGCUACUUGUAGAAUUAAAGCUACAUUGACCUCUGGAGGAAUGAGAUCUUAUAAUGGCGUGGGAACUGAGCUGCAACGUGAUGUCGUAGCAUUUGGAAUUCUGGGAACAGACACAGCAGUGCCAGCAGGCAGUGGUUUUUCUGAUGGUGAUGAUGAGUAUGACUUCGACAGUCCAACAGGAGGUUUCGCUUCCAUACAGGAGGCCAUCGAAGAUAUUAGGAAUGGAAAGAUGGUAGUGGUCGUAGAUGACGAGGAUAGGGAAAAUGAGGGAGACUUGAUAAUGUCUGCGGAGUUGGCUACACCUGAGGCCAUGGCUUUCAUUGUGAAGCAUGGAACUGGGAUAGUUUGCAUAAGCAUGAAGGAGGAAGAUUUGGAGAGAUUGGACCUUCCUUUGAUGGUAAACAGUCAGUAUAAUGAUGAGAAACUUCGCACAGCAUUCACUGUGACAGUGGAUGCUAAACAUGGUACUACCACAGGAGUGUCAGCUCGUGAUAGGGCUACAACAGUCUUGGCCCUUGCAUCCAAAGAUUCAAAACCAAGUGAUUUCAACCGCCCAGGCCAUAUUUUCCCACUAAUGUACAGGGAGGGUGGUGUGCUGAAGAGAGCUGGACAUACAGAAGCUUCGGUUGAUCUUGCCGUACUUGCUGGUUUGAAUCCUGUGGCAGUUCUGUGUGAGAUUGUGGAUGACGAUGGUUCAAUGGCUAGAUUACCUAAGCUCCGCCAGUUUGCAGAGCGUGAAAAUUUAAAAAUUGUAUCUAUUGCUGACUUAAUAAGAUUUAGAAGGAAGAGAGAUAAACUAGUAGAGCCGGCUGGUUCUGCAGUAAUACCAACAAUGUGGGGGCCAUUUACAGCAAACUGCUAUAGGUCACUUUUAGAUGGGAUUGAGCAUAUUACGAUGGUUAAGGGUGACAUUGGGGAUGGACAUGAUGUACUUGUGAGGGUACAUUCGGAAUGUCUCACGGGAGACAUAUUUGGAUCUGCCAGAUGUGACUGUGGAAAUCAGCUUUCUCUUGCAAUGCAACAAAUUGAGGCUGCUGGUAGAGGUGUAUUGGUCUAUCUUCGUGGACAUGAAGGAAGGGGCAUUGGGUUGGGCCACAAACUUCGUGCCUAUAACCUACAGGAUGAUGGACGGGACACUGUAGAAGCUAAUGAGGAGUUGGGAUUGCCUGUUGACUCAAGGGAGUAUGGAAUUGGUGCACAGAUUUUGAGGGACUUGGGUGUUCGUUCUAUGAAGCUGAUGACAAACAAUCCAGCAAAAUAUGUGGGGCUCAAAGGUUAUGGUUUGACAAUUUCCGGUAGGAUACCAUUGUUAUCUCUUAUCACAAAAGAGAACAAGAGAUACUUGGAGACCAAACGUGUGAAAAUGGGUCACGUAUAUGGCUCGGAAUUUAAUAGCAAAUUGAAGUAUCCUGACAGUGGCAAUGGUAAAGUCAACAGUGGUGAUGAUUCUAAUGCUGCUCCUGGCUUAUAA